UUGGGGGGCGGUGCGAAGUCAGGCGGAGGAAAGGGGCUGUGGGGGAAAAGGAAAAUAGGAGGAAUGGAUUUGUUUGAAGACCUGCCUGAGCCCGGGAGCGAUGCUCAGAAGUCAAAACCUUCGCUGUUUGAUAACCUACCAGACCCAAGCAACCCAGACGUAGCACCUCAUGUACCUGAUCUAUUUGGAGAGCUUCCAGAAGCGAAGAAUGACCUGAAGGGGGAAAAACGCAAAUUGCCAGAUCAGAAUGGGUCCAAAGGCCAUGAGGACAAGAAGUUGUGCAAAGGAUUUGUCACCUUAAAGGGUUAUGUUGCAGAGAGAAAGGGUGAACGAGAGGAAAUGCAGGAUGCGCACGUUAUAAUGGAUGAUUUCACAUCGAAAUUCACACAGCUACCAUCAGAAGUAUCUCGGCUCUCAUACUUUGCUGUUUUUGAUGGCCAUGGUGGAGUACGAGCAUCCAAGUAUGCCGCACAGAACCUUCACCUGACUCUUGCCAGGAACUUCCCCAAAGGAGAAGUGAGUAGCAUAGAGAAGACCAUUAAGAAAUGCCUUCUGAUGACCUUUAAGCAGACGGAUGAGGGCUUUCUCAAGCAGGCAUCGAGCCAGAAACCCGCCUGGAAAGAUGGAUCUACUGCCACAUGUGUUCUGCUGGUGGACAAAGAUUUAUAUGUUGCAAAUCUUGGUGACAGCAAAGCCAUUCUGUGUCGGGUGAAUGAGACCAGCAAGAAACUGAUGGCCUUGCCGCUGGUGAAGGAACAUAACCCAACCCAGUAUGAUGAGAGGAUGAGAAUUCAAAAAGCAGGGGGCACAGUUAGGGAUGGUCGAGUGAUGGGUGUAUUGGAGGUGUCGCGUUCCAUUGGAGAUGGGCAGUACAAGCACUGUGGUGUGAUAUCUAUACCAGACAUUAGGCGCUGUCAGCUAACACUCAAUGACAGGUUUAUUCUUCUCGCUUGUGAUGGAUUAUUCAAAGCAUUCACCCCGGAGGAAGCUGUUCUCUUUGUUUCAGCAAUACUUGAGGACAAGACUCUGACUGCAAGGCCAGGGAAGUCGGCGCAGGACGUGCAGUUUGAAACAGCGUGUAAUAGACUGGCCAGUGAGGCAGUCCGCCGGGGCUCUGCGGAUAAUGUCACCAUCAUUUUGGUAGCGAUCAGGCACUGACAUGAGGACCUUGCCUCCAUGAGAAUAUCUCGCAGGUGAAUACAGGUGUCCAGGAGGAUUUGCCAACCUCAAAGAAAAGAUGAGACAACCUCAGGACACUUCAGAAAUUUGAAAGUAAAAUGCAUAUCUUUAUUUACUUACUCCUCUCAUCUGAUCUUGUCGAAUUGCCACUCUACCACUGACCAACACUCCUAAAUUUAAACUUCUAUGCGCCUGACCACAGCAGAGAUCCUUGUUUUGUAAUUGUGUCUCCAAUAACCCAGUGGUAGAACUGCUGCCUCCUCUGUUUAGUGAACUGAAUCAACUCAUUUUUUUAAGAAAAAAAAUUUGUUUUCACCAAUCAAUCAUAUGGCAACACAACUGACCUGGUAACAUUUCUCUAUAUCCAUUGGUGUUGGAAUGCUUGAUAUUUGCAUGGAUAAAAGGGACAUGGAGAAAGCUGGACUUCCUGUACACAGACUGUCUCAGAUAAGAGCUACCACAGGCAAGUGGUGGCUUUGAGAAAUAACAUGCAGAAGCAGAUGCCAGGGAAGAGUUUUAAGGUUGUCCAUGAACAUCCCAAACUGUAAUGUGUUGGAAGCCUUUAAUGAGUUCAAGGUUUCAUCUUA